AUGAUAUAAAUUAAUACCAUCCCUGAUAUAAAAGCAACUUAGGCUUCAAGUCAAGCGCUACUAGAUACAUAUUUGUCUUUUUAUCGUUUAUGCUAUAACAAAGUACUAUAAGUACUAAAUGAGAUCAUACAAGUUGUAAAAGCAGACUGGACAACAUCUAAACACAAAAGGAUGAAAGAUAUAAGACAGAAAGUAAUACAUCUCUGGAUCCCAAGUUGA